AAUUACAUGAAAAAAAGAGAGGCUAACGUUCACAGAACAGAAACCGCACACACACACCAUGAUACUAGCACCGGCGCCACCACCACCGCCGCUGUAUUACUCCACGCGCCACCACUCACAACGUAAAACAGUCAACUUCCUCCGUUCACCAUAUCUACACCUUCAAAAAACCUCCGUUCACGCUUCAGCUCGUGACGUGGACGCCUUCACCGAAUCAUCCGGCUAUCUAUUCGAACUCAGCACAUCAGAGGCGGAAUCAUUAACUGAAUACGAUAUCUCCAAAAUCGCUUCCAUUUACUGGAAAAAACCGCUCAUAGUUUUCCGGCGACUGCUGCAAAUCGGCAACACGCUCGGCAAAUGGCUUGUGCUCAGAUAUUUUGAUAGCGUUUCGGACCGAUCUGACUUGAUGUUUGAGGUUAGAGCGUCACAGUUGCGCGAGAUACUGGCAAAGCUUGGACCGGCGUAUAUAAAAAUUGCUCAGGCUGUCUCAUCUCGACCUGAUCUGAUACCACCAUCAUAUCUUAACGAGCUUUCAUUAUUACAAGACCGUAUUUCACCGUUUUCCACCGAAAUUGCGUUUAACACUAUUGAAAAAGAACUUGGAUUACCUUUAAAUCAGCUUUUCUCUGAGAUCACACCCGAACCUGUGGCUGCAGCAUCCCUUGGCCAGGUCUACCAGGCUAGACUCCAAGAUACUGGACAAAUAGUUGCCGUCAAAGUGCAACGGCCUGGAGUUCAAGCUGCCAUUUCGUUGGACAUAUUAAUCCUGCACGCACUUGCAGGACUGAUUCGAAGAGCAGGGAAAUUCAAUACUGAUCUUCAGGCUGUUGUUGAUGAAUGGGCAUCAAGUCUCUUUCGGGAGAUGGAUUACGUGAACGAAGCAAAAAAUGGCGUUAGGUUCAGGGAGCUAUACGGAGAUCUAAAGGAUGUUACGGUUCCAGAUUUUUAUAUAUCAAAAACAACGCGUAAGGUCAUCACUAUGCAGUGGAUAGAGGGUCAAAAGUUAUCUGAAGUGAAGGAUCUUUAUCUGGUCGAGAUAGGGGUGUAUUGCUCGUUUAAUCAACUUCUAGAAUAUGGAUUUUAUCAUGCUGAUCCACACCCCGGAAACCUUCUUCGUACAUAUGAUGGAAAACUAGCCUAUUUAGAUUUUGGCAUGAUGGGUGAAUUCAAGCAAGAACUCCGUGACGGUUUCAUUGAAGCAUGUAUCCAUCUAAUAAACCGUGAUUAUGAUUCACUGGCUAAAGACUUUGUUACUCUUGGGCUACUUCCUGCAACAGCUGACAAGGAUGCGGUCACAAAGGCAUUAACAGGGGUUUUUCAGAAUGCUGUUUCAAAAGGAGUCCGGAAUAUCAGCUUCGGGGAUCUUUUAGGAAAUUUAGGAACCACCAUGUACAAGUUUAAAUUUCAAAUCCCCUCGUACUUUUCUCUUGUUAUUAGGAGCCUUGCUGUUCUAGAAGGUAUUGCAAUCAACAAUGACCCAAAUUAUAAAGUGUUAGGUGGUACUUACCCAUGGAUCGCUAGGAAAGUCCUAACCGACAGCUCGCCUCAACUUCGGUCUUCUUUGCAGUCUCUUCUUUAUGAGGACGGUGUGUUCAGGAUUGACCGUUUGGAGUCCUUGCUAUCAGAGUCCCUUCGAGCGAGAACAGAAAGGGCGUUGGUUAAAACAGAAGACGACGGUUCCAAUGAGGCGAUUAAGCAGAUUAUGUCGUUCACAUUGACCGAAAAGGGUGCGUUUGUGAGGGAAAUACUUCUUCAAGAAUUUGCUAAGGGUUUGGAUGCACUUGGUGUGGCAACCCUGGAAUCGUGGACAUCUGCAGUAACUGCAAAUUUACCGUUUGCCCCUUCCCCUCCAUCUUCAUUAACAGAUGAAGAUAUGAUCAACUUGAGAAACUUGCAUCGCCUGCUUCAGUUAUUAUCGGGGUCUCCAAAUAUUGAAGAUGCCGAUAAUGGAGUUGAAGCAUUCAAUCAAUACACUAAAAAGAGAACUAGUUCAGAGGAGGUAUUCUUAAUCUUUAGCGAGUUUACAUCUGUUCAAGACAUUGCGCCACUGCUUAAUGUUAUUCCUGAGCUUCCUCCAGAUUUGCAACAACAGUUGAUCCGUCUUCCGCUUGAUCUGGUUGGAAAGUUUGUUUCUCGUGUUGCUGCAAGGACAAUACGAAGGGUGUUGUUGUAAAUUUCACCUCAUACCACAAUCGAUCUACGCAAAAGACAAGCAAACGGUUUGAUAUGAAAAUUAUUUUUGUACUUCUGUUGUGCAUACAUGCUCUGUUUGGCGCGUUUAUACAAUUUUCAAACAGACAUCUUAUACUGUAUAUAUAGAUUAUUAUACAAUAUAAUAAAGUUUAAACGCAAACGGUUUCUAGUU